AUGACCUCCCACACGGUCGGCAGACAGUCCUAUUCCGAAAAUUUUAUUGACUGGUACAUGAUCCUGAAGCUCUCUGACCGCCGUACCUUCGGCCUCUUCUGUACAACUGAUGGCCCCCGUGCUAGCCAACAUACCACGGAACGCAGUAAUCUGCAGGCUGUGGAAAAACGGUUGGCUGAGGAGCGUAGACAGCGCUCAACUCUGGAGCAGCAGCUCGUCGUCGAGAAGCGGGCUCGAAAGGAGGCUGAGGAAAAGGAGGCCGCCAAGACGACGGUCCCCGCAUCCUCUCAGUCCUCUAAGGCCGUUGGCAAAUUGGUGGGCGCGAAUCGUCCGGGGACAGGUACGGUCGCGGCACCCGGACGCGGC